AUGGAGACGCUACUGCAAAAGAAGAAGACGGCAUUUCCACCGCCAUUCUUUUCGCCGGGGACUGUACUAGAAUUUAGUUGUUUCUGGAGGCAACGUAUUGAUACUCCGGGUAUUCUUGCUGGUAACGGUCAUCAGGAUUUUGAUUCGGUGGCGUGUAUACAAUCCUACUCGAAAGAUAUGUUUCAGGAGAAAUUAUCUGAUGAUGAAACUUACAUAGUGUCAUUUUAA